ACUACUCUGGUAACACUUACUCAUAUAGAAACCAGGUCAAGCAAAAGCAAUACCUGAGUUGCUGGAAAGACAAAGCUCAAUAGCUAUGGCACUUGGAAGGUUUCAGAUCAGACGAACAUGCAGGAGACUGAAGGCACACUUUCUCAUGACUCUGGUUCAGCUUGGUUACACAAUUCUCUAUUUCAUUACUGAAGCUUCCUUCAACCGGGGAUUGAACCCCCAUGUCUACAUUACUUACCGGCAUCUUGUUGGUGGCUUGGUCAUGUGGCCUUUCGCCUAUUUCCUUGAAAGAAACUUAAGACCAAAGCUGACAUGGGCAUUGUUCCUGGAAUUAUGCGUUCUUUCAAUUCUUGGGGUCAGCCUAACACUGAAUAUGUACUUUGCAAGCUUGAAAUACACCUCUCCAACAUUUGUUUCCUCUAUGGUCAAUACUGUUGCUUCCAUGACAUUUGUCAUUGCUAUUCUGGUUAGAUUGGAGCAUCUUGAUGUUAAGAGUCCUCAUGGCAUGGCAAAGAUAGUCGGGACCAUAGUUUCGUUGGCUGGUGUUACAACCAUGACACUGUAUAAAGGACCAGCAGUCAGGAAUUUCUGGAGAGCACUGAUUCCUAUACAACGAAAUACAAUUCAUGAAAAUUGGCUGGAAGGAUCAAUUCUUACUGUUGCAAGCUGCAUAACAUGGUCAAUAUGGUAUAUCAUGCAGGCAACAACACUCAAACGAUAUCCAGCACAACUUUCACUCACUACAUGGAUGAACUUUAUUGGGGGCAUACAGUCAGCUGUUUUUACUGUUGCUGUAGAGCAUAAACCAACAGCAUGGAUGAUUGGAUUCGACAUUGACCUUUGGAGCAUCUUAUAUUCUGGAAUUGUAUGUUCUGGUUUAAUAAUCUUCAUUCAAUUGUGGUGCACGGAGGAAAAGGGACCAGUUUUUGUCACUAUGUUCAAUCCCCUUUCAACAAUAAUGGUGGCACUUCUAGCAUACUUUGUGUUUGGUGAAAGAUUGUACACAGGAAGCAUAAUUGGAGGUUUAAUUGUCAUCAUCGGACUCUACCUGGUGCUUUGGGGCAAAGAAAGAGAUCAAGAAGAGCAGACGGAAUCUAAAAAGCCUUCUUUUUUGGCUUAUGGAAAAAAGGAGGCAAGCCAAUAUGAGAACAAUGGAAAAGGAAAUGAUACAGAAAGAUCUCCAGACGUCUAGACCUUGGAGGCUUCACAUGCAUUGAACACCCUUUCACCUUGGGUUGUGUCAGCCACUACAUUAUUAUUGCUUUGGGAGGUGGCAGAUUAUAGUCAUGAUUAUCUUACAAGGAGAGAAACUGACUAGGAAGCUGGUUCGAAAGUACAGUCACAAAUUUCAAUUACAAGCAUCAUGACUGCCAGCUCAGUUCUAAUUUCUAGUGCAGAAAAGCAGAUUGUUGCAUAUAUAGUGGCGAGCACAAACAAUAUGAAUCUAAAUUAUAUAUUAGGGAGAAAAAGCAUAAGCUAAUGCACUGUUGAAAAUAUUUCUCUUCAAACCUUCCAGACCUAAACAUUUCGCCAUUGCUUCUGUCCUCUAUUUCUAGCCAUCAUUUGAUAGAGUUUGCUAUUCAUUAUUUCUUACUCAAUAAAUUUAGCAAUGGUUGGUUCCCUGUAAC